AAAAUCAGGAUACCGCGGCUAGCACUAUCUAUAUGAAGAGAUUUUGACAAAGGAAAGCCGGUAUGGGUAUAUCAGUACUUCCUAUGACCCCAGUAACAGCACAAAACCUCUACGACAUUGGGACAACAUAUAUCAACGAGUGUUGAAAAGCACAGAACUUUGCUUCAAGUGUACAAAACAUUGGUGACUAUGACCUCAGACAUGUCGGUGUAUAUUAUUGCUGCGGAUGAUGCUAAAGCACUUGCGAAUAAAUUGAGAACGUCGUUGCAGUCCACUGCGCAACAUAUUGAAACGAUACCUGUUGCCGGCUUUCUUAAACCAAAGUCAACACGGAAGGAAAAGUCAGUGAAUGUGAUAUUUCUCACAACUCUGACUUGGCAAGAAAUACAGAGACAAAGGGGCGAUGUUAAAAGGCUAUUUUCAAAAUCGCUGGAUACUGUUGUGCUGUCAUCAUGCGCAGAAUCAGUAACGUCAGCAGCUGUAGAAAUGUUCUCUAAGAAAGUCGUCGACUGGGAGUCGGUUAGAUUAUUUGAAGCUUCCGGGGAAGAGUGGUACAAAGCGGAAGCUAGAAUAAAGUAUCGACUAUCGGAACUCGAGAGCGGGGAAUUUCAUAUACCAUGUGCAAGUAGAUAUAUUUUCAAGCCAGAUUCAGUUUCAACACUGUCAGAGUCGAAGUCGGAAGUACUGAUUAUUUUGUUCGGUGAUGGAACUGCUGAAUAUCCUACUGAUGUGAAAAAAGUCGAGGUCAAAACUGCUGGGGAAAACCUUAUUGAAGCGAAGAAGAUCCAGUCAAACGUUUGGUCAUUCAGUGCAUUAGAUUUAGCACCUGGAGACCACGAGGUCAGAGUAUUGGUAGAUAGCAUAGAUAUUGGAACAAACAUACUACAUGUUCAAAAUCAGCAUCUCAUAGUUAGAGAAUUACUAGCCAACUUCAAACGGGAGGAUCCGGAGGGAUUUCUGGCUGAACUUCUUAGGGUUAACAAAGAAGACUUCGACCAUGACUUGUUAGAUACUAUCGGUGGAUCAAGCCGCGUCUCUCUUGUAGAAACGCUUCUGAAAUAUGGAGAUGAAAACGGUUACGAGUAUCCAAACUUCCUACAUUUCUGUGCCAAGUACGGGUAUAAAGCGUGUGUAGACUGGUGCCAAAAACUUCCUGACUUUAAAGAAGCAUGCAUGGUUCAGAACAGAUAUGGAAAAACACCUGAACAAGUUGCAACUGAAGCACAACAAAACCAAUCGUUGAUUCAGACUCUGCAAACGAAUGAUGCAGGAGAUGAAGGUGAAUAUCUGCCAACAAUUGGGUCUCCCUUCAAACCCGAACGCUUUAUUUUUGGAACCACGCGAAGAAAUCAUUCUUGUCCGGAAAUGACAAUGCAGAAUUGCAGAGACAGUGGAUGGUCUUCGCAAAGGCAGUUCGGUAAGCUUUUACCAAUUUAGAAAUAGAUUGGAGAAGAAAGAAUGGUUUAAUUCAGUCACAAACAAAACUCUGUUAUUAACAGUAUCACAUAGACAUAGACAUAAAAUAUAAAAUAAUCACACAGGAUAGUGCACUAUAUAAGUGACUAUCUAACAUUCUUUUCUUCUGUUUGUUUCUACAUUGUACACGAAAACUACCAUGUCACCCGUUACAUCAACUAUUUUCCGCUCAGGUCAAAAAGUAAACAUUCAAUGAUGCAUUGUCUCUCUUUUUGCAAUAGCUUGUAUGUGGAUUGUGUUCAUGUAUGUUAUUGUAUUGUACAAUUCACAUAGACGUUGUUUUUAUCAUUAUGUAAGUUACAUCGUAUAAACUUCUCUUAUAAAUCAGAAAUACGAUAACACUACAUAAAAUGUGUGUGAAAGAACAGUGUUAUGGCCAAAAUUACUUGAGUUACGAGCAAAAAUAUUUGCAUUUAUGUUCGGUCGAGGUCACAAAUUAACAUAUCCCAAGGGCGUCUGCAGAUGUUAACACACAAAGCAAACGUGUAUUGUCGCUAUUCUUGAAUAUCAAAACAUGACACGAAGAUUAAAUGCAUCGUUUUCAUAUGUGAUGUCUUUACGAUUCCGGUACAGUUUUUAAUUCCCAUUCUGUUCUUUUGAGAUAUCCAGUACCGGACCAAAACAUCAACAACACUACCAAAAGCAUGUAUUGAAGGUUUUCGAGCGAAAUGUUUUCAUUUCUCGUUAUUACAAACAUGAUAUUACCAAAUAUUUUGCAUAGUACUUAAACAUUCGGAAAGCAGUGACACUAUUUCAAGAAUAAUAAUUUUACAUUCGAGUUAUUUUGAGUACGAACACUUAUUUGGUAUGCAGAGGUCUAUAUGAAUUCUGUGAAAAAUUGAAUAAAAACUUACCGACCGAUACUUUAACAAAACCAUUGCAUUGCUAUGAUUCCUAAAAACAAUCAAUCUCACAAGUUACACGCAACUCAAUACAUUCACGGUUAUCUACAAAAAUUGAACCGAAGCCGAGUUCAAAAGGAAGUAAGCCAGUAACACAUUGGUGACUCUGUAGGCGAAAGGACAGUGAGUUUUUGGUUGGUAACUGAUACAGCAUAACAUACCAUAAAUUAGAUCGCAUCAUUUAUUUUACAAGAAGGUUAGUAUGGAAGAAACAAGACGCAGAUACCCUCUAAAAUAUGCAACAUAUUUUUUUUUUGAUAUUUCCAAAUGAUAUUUUGGUAUGAACUUUCGUUGUUUUCUUUUCAUUAUACGCGUUUUGUGACACCAUAGACAUUACUUCUUACUCAACCCUCGUAUGUAUGACAGAGAAUUCAGGCUUCUAAGUUAACCAUUGAAUUUCGAAAAAUUCCAAAAGUUCCUACGCCAAAACUUGGCGAUUUUAAGGUGUUUAUUCCUUCAUAAUUAUUUUACGUCAGCAAAUUUCUGUGGUAAACACGCGAUACAAGACAUAAUUAAAGAACAAGACCACCACCAACAACAAUUUUUUUAAUGCAUACAUGUAAAAGAAUAGUUUAUAAUAUAGGACACAGACUUCACUGAAAGUGCUGUUUGUACAUUCAGCUAGUUGCUUUACCUGUUUUGUGAAGCUGUUAAAUCAUUAAAGCCCUGAUAAUUUCAAAAGUUAGCUUUUUAUUUUUUUGCAGAAUUCUUCAAUGACAAUUCCAGAACAUUCCGCGAGUACUGGUAAUAGUCCUCGGUAUCAAAUUAGCCGGAAGCCUCGUCCAUACAAUACAAUAGGAGACGAAGAUGACAAAAAUGAUCCAUACAAUCGUCCGUGGGAAGGUAGAACCAUGCUUGCAAAUCGUUCCGCUCAGGCACUGUCGGCGGGCACACUGUCGGGGAGUGUACGUGAGGGUGAAAAGGAAAAGAAAAAGGGACUGAGCCGGUCAAAUACAGCGGGAAGCAGAGGUACUAAAUUGUAAACCAAAUGUCGCACAUGCACAGAAGACAAUAUUGUAUUAUUAGGACAACGAUGCACAUAGCUGCUCAACAUUUGUAAAGACUUUAAUUCUAUUUACACCACACAGGAGACUUACUUUUAAAAAUAGUUUUGUUUUGAAAGGAGCAAAUCUACUGCAAACUGUUAUGUUGAUCUUAUUCAUCUUUUAUUUCUGUAUUUGAUCUGUUUUGUAAAUUAUCAUAACUGAAUGUAAACCUAGCAAAUUUUUCAAUGUUUAUGAACGCUUUGAUAUAUACAUGUAUAUUGCUGUUGUCAUAUAAUUAACAAUAAUGGUACAUCUAUUAUAAAAGAUUUCGUUAUGGGCAAGUCACAAAAUAUCUUACAUGAAUUUAAAAAAAGAGGCUCACAUUGGCAGCAACAAAAUCGCUUCAUGUUUUAAAAUUGCAUUUUCUCAAACAGAUCUUUGGAAUAGAAUUUAUUUUUUUUCAAAGUACACACACGUGACUAAUUACAAAUGCCAUUUUUUGUCAGAUUUGAAAAUGCCACAACACCCUUAAAUCAUAAACAAAUUCAACGUUAGAUAUACAUGUAUGUAUGUUUUACUUUGGGUAUUUGCACAAGUUUAUUAUUUUAUUUUCGGUUUUUAGUCCUCUAUAACAUUUAAUGUAAUCUUAUUUGAGGUUAUUACUAGAUUAUUCUGUUGCCUUUAUACCAAGUCAGAGAUGAAGGCGGUGGCAGGUUCAAACCAGAUGAACACUGCAAUGUCAUAUACUCGCUUUUGUUCAUUUAACAUGUCACUUAGGAAGUUAAGACAUAACGCUAAACGUAUCGAAAACAUUUUUGACACUGAUAAGGUUACUUACUUUAAAGUAAAAAUUAUAUAUGUAAGUCCAUACGAAUAAAUAAUUUAUAGGUAAUCUGAUAUUGACUACUGUAUAUUCGAAGGAGAAUGACGCUAGGUUUUUACUUCUGUGACUCUUAGGCCCACAAAUAUCACAGGCAAAGUUUUUAAACAGGGUCCAUUAUACCACAAUGUUUUGUCAAAGAUGUUAUGAUGAUUUGAAAAAGAAACGGAAGUACUUAGAUAUUUUCGAUCAAACCAUUAAACACAGAAUAAUUUGGCAGUUAUAAUUUAACACAUAUGCAUGUACCUGAACAUAUUCACAUUACAUGGUGUAAUAUGUUUAGCUAAAAUUCUGUCAUAUUUCAUAAUUAUGUAAACAUUAUGUUAUAACUGUUAUUUCUAUGAUUACAAUAUAAAUAUAUCUUACAUCACAUACUUAUAUGAAUACACAAAAUCAACAGGAGUUUUUCAUUGUCAUUUGCCUUAAUUAUUUGUAUCACACAAAUCGUAAUCAAGCUUUUGUUCCGUCAUAAUUAUUGUUUGUCAUUGUUAUCAAAUUGAACUGCAUAUUGUGUUAUUAUCUUGUUUUAAUUUUAUGAUAUGAUAAAUAAGUAAUACAUUUGUGUAUACUGUAAUUAUGAGUUAACGUUUGAAUAAACUGAUGAUAUUCUA